GCCUUCUAUCUCAUUUUCCCCCUUCAGACGACGGGAGCGCGCCCGCCCUCUUCCUCCUCCCGCCGCCGCCGUGCCCGCGCCCUCGCGCCCGCCUCGCCCGCCCGUCUCCGCGUCCCUCUGGGGUGGCCGCGGCCCCCUCCGGCCUGGGCGCGGCCUGCGAGGCGGCGAUGGAGUAGCUGGGGAAAGGCCGACGCAAGAUGGUGGAUGUUGAUAUCGGUGCUGGUGGAGAUAACACCAGAAAAAAAAUGGAUGCUCUGACGGAUAGUAGCGCUGAGAUUGUUCCGUUGGAACUCUACGAUUCAUCCCGAGCCAAAAUAGCUGCUAAUCUACAGUGGAUCUGCGCGAAAGCUUACGGAAUAGACAACAUCCCAGAGGAAUUGAAAGAUCCCUUCUAUGUAGACCAGUACGAGCAGGAGCACAUUAAGCCGCCCGUCCUCAAGCUGCUGUUAUCCAGUGAGCUGUAUUACCGCGUCUGCAGCCUCAUUCUCAAGGGGGACCAGGUGGCCAUGCUGCAGGGACACCACUCGGUCAUCCAGGCGCUCUCCCGGAAAGGGAUUUACGUCAUGGAGAGCGAUGAUACCCCUGUGUCCGAAUCCGAUCUCAGCUCCGCGCCCAUCAAAAUGAGUCCUCACAUGGCAAUGAUUGAUGCUCUCAUGAUGGCCUACACCGUGGAGAUGAUCAGCAUUGAGAAAGUCGUGGCCAGCGUCAAGUGUUUUUCCACGUUCAGUGCCUCGAAGGAGUUGCCCUACGAUCUGGAGGAUGCGAUGAUAUUCUGGAUCAACAAGGUGAACCUAAAGAUGAGAGAGAUCACGGAAAAGGAGAUUAAAUUAAAACAGCAAUUACUGGAAAGCCCAGGUCAUCAAAAGGUACGUUACCGCCGAGAUCACCUCUCGAGCCGACAGCUGCCCUUUUUCCCAUUACUUGAAGACCUGAUGAAGGAUUGUAGCGAUGGGGCUGCUUUGCUGGCUGUCAUCCAUUAUUAUUGCCCCGAACAAAUGAAGCUUGAUGAAAUUUGCUUGAAAGAGGUAACAUCAAUUGCAGACAGCAUCUACAACAUCCAGUUGCUCCGAGAAUUUGCCAAUGAGUACCUGAACAAAUGCUUUUACCUCACUUUGGAAGAUAUGUUGUAUGCCCCGUUAGUUCUAAAGGCUAACGUUAUGGUUUUCAUUGCUGAAUUAUUCUGGUGGUUUGAGAAUGUCAAGCCGGAUUUUGUGCGCCCCAGGGACUUCCAAGAAGUCAAAGAUGGUGCUAAAACCAUGCUGCAUCAGAAGAGCAGCCGCCCAUCGGUACCCAUUUCCAAUGCCACGAAGCGGAGUUUCAUGCCGAGCCCAGCGGUCCCCUGUUCAGCCGACGUACAACCUCCCAGUCAACUCUCGCAGGAAACGUGCAGCAGUGGCAAAGGAAGUCCCGCCUUCAGCCCAUCGCACCCCUUGCUGCCUUUAAGGCAAAAGCAACAGAAGACGGUACAGGGGGAAGACCCGUCAGACCAACUGCAUCGGUCUAAUUCCUUGACCCGGACAGACGGGCAGCCUCGGGAUUCGAUCCUUGCGUGGCCAGAGAAGAAGCAAAGGCCCCUUUCACAACCCGCACCAUUUGGUCUUCACCACGCGCCGAGCAGUGAUGCGGACCCCAGCUCCGGCGACAGCAUCAGCCUGGCCAGAUCCAUCAGCAAAGACAGCCUGGCCUCCAACAUCGUCAACAUCACCCCGAAGCAGCAGCUCCCCUCCGCCCCCGUGAAAAGCAGCGGGAAAAGCUUGCUGAACAACGUGGAGAUAGAAGACGAGGAGGAGGAGGAACUGAUCGCCAUCAUUCGCCCCGGCCCCACCCCGAACCAUGGCGGCCUGGAACUUCAGUGUGCCCUGCCGGCUCGUUCGCCUGGCUUUGUCGGCACCGCCUGGACGCCGAAAUCCCCGAGCGAGGCAACGGAAAGUAAGGAGGAGAGCUUUUUCCUGGAACCGCUAAUGCCUGCUCUUUUACGGCCAGCCAAGGAGAAGCAAGUCACCAAUAAAGAGGACGAAUGCGGAGAAGGGAAAGCCAGAGGUUACGUGCCCAAGAGAGUGAGCGAAGGGCAUGCGGCUUUGGCCCGUAAGAAAGCCAACGGCGAUCACAGCCUUAAUAGGACUUUUAACCUGGGUUCUAGUUCUGAACUAACCGUGAUUGCAAGUCCCAGUUUAGCAGAGCCACUUGUGCAUCACUCAGAUGUCAGGAUGGAGUCCUUUUGCCCCCAAGCAAGCAGCAGUUUAGAGGUCUCCUCUCAAGAGCGGGCAUCUGCAGGGUUCUUCCUGCACGCCGCCAAAGCGGAGGAGGCCGCCUCUAGCGGCCACGUCACCAACCUCAGUUACCUGAAAAGCCCCAGUUCCCACCGGGCGGAGACCUCGUGGACCAUGGUCAGACAGGAUUCCGACUCCUCCAUCCUAGACAUGGAGGAAGCCGAGCAAGACGUGGCCGCCGAGGAGCACCCUCUGAUCGCCAAGUACAUCGGCGAGGAAGAAUCUGCCAAGCUUCAGGAAGACAUGAAGGUCAAGGAGCACGAGGACAAAGACGACGCCAGCGGGCGCUCCAGCCCAUGCCUGAGCACCAUUUCCCAGGUGAGCAGUGUCUCCAUGACCAGCGGGAGUGCCCGGAUGACCAGCUUCGCGGAGAGGAAGCUCCAAAGGCUGAACAGUUACGAGACGAAAUCCAGCACCAGCAGCUCGCAGAAAACCACCCCGGACGGAUCCGAGUGUUGUCUGGCUCCGCUCACCACCUGGAAACAGAGACGGGAGCAGAGCCCACCCAGGCAGAGCAAAGACAACGCUAACCUCUUGGCGUCCGAGCUGGUCCAGCUCCACAUGCAGCUGGAGGAGAAGCGGAGAGCCAUCGAGGCUCAGAAGAAGAAAGUGGAGGCUCUUUCCGCCAGGCAGAGGCUAAAGCUCGGCAAGGCAGCCUUCUUGCACGUGGUGAAGAAAGGGAAAGGGCCGGAGAUCUCGCCAUCCCUGAAGCCGGAACAUUUCGCCAAAGAGUUCUCCGGCCACAACGGGGAAGGCCUGGAGGAGGACACGUUGAGCGCCAAAACGGAGGCGUUCCUCACGAAAGAGGAGGUGGCGGUGGUGGGCGACGACGAGAUUCCCAGAGGGAAGGUCCAGGAGACGGUCGGCUUCGUGGAGGAAAGCAUCUCCAGAGAGCCCACCCUCCACGAAAUCGAGAAAAGCAAGAGGGUCUCGGUGGCCCUGCUGGAAGAGAACAUAGACUCCGCCGAUCUCAACGAGUGCGACCUUUCCAUUGAAAAGCUGAACGAGACCAUCAGCACCCUGCAGCAGGCCAUCCUGAAGAUCUCCCAGCAGCAGGAGCUCCUCAUGAAGGCCCCCACCCUGUCCUCAACCCGAGGAGGCUCUCAGGACCAAAAAAUAAAGGCCCCUGUCCAUUUUGUGGAGCCCCUCUCCCCGCCCGGCACCAAUAACCUCCGCAAGCCGCCCCGGCUGGGUCAAGGGCGGAGUGCCCGUUCGGGAAGGCCCUCCGAACUCAAAGUGGCCAAGGACCGUCCCCAUACCACGCCUCGCAUCAAGACCCCGACACCUAGCGUCGACACCUUGCCCCACUUGAGACAGUUCCCGUCCAACCAUUCCCCCAAGACGCCGGUCGAAACCGCUCUUGAAAAUAAUCUGGGCCCAGGUAGCGCCCCGCAGGAGAAGCUCCCGUUUGAGAGUUACCGGCUCUGCGACGAUAAUCAGAGAGGAGCGUUCGUUUUUUCCUCGUCCAGGGACACGAAUGUCCUCUCGGAGGCCCUCAAGGAUGAGAACAGCAAUGUAGAGGACUUUCACCCCCUUGCUCGUUUCGACGCGUCGGGCAAAGAGAAUAUCUCAGUGGAAGAGCCAUCCAAGGGCAAAGGCAGCCUUAUCGAAGUGGACCUCUCGGAUCUAAAAAUCCACGACGAAGAAGUGGAAAUCCAGGGCAACGCUUCCGAUUUAAUCAAUGAAAUGGACUCGAAGUCGGGCUUUGGGUUCUUCUUCAAGGAUGAACAGAAAGCCGAAGAUGAGCUGGCGAAGAAACGUGCCGCUUUUCUCUUAAAACAGCAGCGAAAGGCCGAAGAGACCCGGCUUCGAAAACAGCAGCUGGAAGUAGAAGUUGAGCAAAAAAGGGACGAAGCUCGGCGAAAAGCUGAAGAAGAUCGCCUGCGGAAGGAAGAGGAAAAAGCCCGCCGGGAAUUAAUCAAACAAGAGUAUUUGCGGCGAAAGCAGCAGCAGAUUUUGGAAGAACAGGGCUUGGGCAAACCCAGACCCAAAGCGAAGAAGCCACGGCCCAAAUCGGUCCAUCGGGAGGAAUCCUACAGCGAUUCGGGGACCAAGUACUCCUCUACUCCUGAUAAUCUGAGCAACGCCCAAUCGGGAUCGAGUUUGUCCUUGGCUUCUGCAGCUACCACUGAGCCAGAGAGCAUCCAUUCAGGAGGCACACCUUCCCAAAGAGUGGAGUCCAUGGAAUCCUUGCCCAUCCUCAGCAGGAACCCAAGCCGAAAUAUGGAGCGAGAUUGGGAGAACACUUCGACCGCUUCUUCGAUUGCCUCGGUGGCCGAAUAUACAGGCCCAAAGCUCUUUAAGGAGCCCAGCAGCAAAUCAAACAAGUCCAUCAUCCACAACGCCAUCUCCCACUGCUGCCUUGCUGGAAAAGUGAAUGAGCCUCAUAAGAAUUCUAUCUUGGAGGAGCUGGAAAAGAGCGAAGCCAACCACUACAUCAUCCUAUUCCGCGACGCCGGUUGCCAGUUCAGAGCACUUUACUGCUACCAUCCCGACACCGAAGAAAUCUACAAGUUGACCGGAACGGGUCCAAAGAACAUCACCAAGAAAAUGAUCGACAAGCUGUACAAAUACAGUUCGGACAGGAAGCAGUUUAACCUGAUCCCGGCCAAAACCAUGUCCGUCAGCGUCGACGCGCUGACGAUUCACAACCACUUGUGGCAAUCCAAGCGACCCGCCGUGCCAAAGAAGAUCCAGAAUCGCAAAUGACGCUAAGCAACAACAACAAAAAACAAAACACUAGAAAACACAACAAAACGGGGCUAGAUUUCAACGCCGAGGGUAUCCGACGAACAGAACCAUCAUCAACCAUAAACCGAGAAAAAAAAAAUCAGCUUCUCAAAUCACGGAUGCAAGGAGAGUGUGAACGAACAACUUGAAUGUUUCCCUUUUUUUCUUUGGGACGCGACUGAUUUGCUGGUUCGGUUCGGUGUGGAUGCUCAAACGGCCGCUAUACCCAUCGCUGGCUUCUCGCGGCUUUUUUGCGAUGGACCAGACCUGAAGCUGGGGAUGUACUGGUGUUUCUUUCUUUCUUUUUUAAAAAACUUGAAGCUCUUCAUUGGUACCACUUGGGAUCCCUCGUUUUUCCCUCCCUUCUUCCCGAUUCAACCUUCCUGCAGAAAAAUGAAUACAUCAAAGGACGCCGUGUAGAAGUUGGCAAAGCGGCAGUUUAGGAAGGGAAAGCGAACAGCAGGAGGCGGGAUGGAAUUUUUUCCCCUCCCACCUCCAUUUUUCCCUUCUGGAUUCCUUUUAAAGGAUCUCACACCCAACUGCAUUUUAACUGCCAAUGUUAAGUCACACUCUCAUUUCUGGAGAAUGGAAGCCCAGCCUGCCGCCCACUCCUCGCCUCAGUUUACCUACAGUAUCCCUUUCUUGGUCCUACGUACUGACUGACAGAUGUAAAAACCAGUCUCUUUUUUUAACAAAUGAAGAACAGAGACAGAGGACAUAUGCAAAAAAAAUUGUGACCGCUUGCGAACCUUAGAGCAAAACACAAUCAUGAAGAGACAGAGAGGUGCUAUUGGCUGGAUUUAGCUUGUUCGAAACUUCACAUGGCAAAACAAAACAAAACAAAUGGAUUUUCCGAUUUUCCGUAUCCUCGUCUUCUCCCUUCGCCCUCCCGUUUCGUUUCGUUUGUUGGACGGACCCUAGAAAUAGCGGAGCGCUUUUCCCCCCUCCACUCCGAGCACGUUUAACUCUCCGUCGAAUGUUGCACUCAAGUUAUUCACGAUGCUUUUUUAAAAAUAUUAAUAACAAUAAUAAUCAUGUUUAAAAUCAGGCCCUGCUACUUUGUCCUCUCCUGUCUGUCUGUCUGUCUGUCUGUCCUUUGCGGGAUGAGCAGCAUGCUCUUGUGAAGGAGUGUGUUCCUUCCCUCCCCUUCUUUAUUUCCUCCCCCCCUUUUUAAGUUUUCUGCGGGAGCUCUUUUUAAUUUGGGAGUGGGGGACGGACGUGAUGGGAUGACGAUGUCUAGAAAAAGCCAACCGAUUUUUCCCCCCCUACGACGGGCAAGGUUUUAAAACAGAUCUCGGUGUUUGGUUUGAAAGCUCAAAAGUGGCUUUAGGGUGUUGGUUGUUUCCCCCCCCCCCUUCCCCUCUCUUUUCAUCUUGAAAUAUUAAACCUUUGAGUUGAAACCUUUCAACCUGUCUGUGUUUUCACCUUACAGAAAACCAACCAGAACCAAAUCCUUUUUACCCUUGGGACUUAAUGAUGCAGGAAGCUUAGAGGAUGAUGUGUUUUAAAUUGUCUCUUUCUCCCUUCCCUUGGAAGGCACAAUAAAAAAAAAAUUAUGUAGCCUUCAACCCAAACUAUUCUUUUUCAUACUUUACUACUUGGAGAUAUAUAUAUAUAUAUAUAUAUCCAAGUAGUAAAGUAUGAAAAAGAAUAGGUAUAUAUAUAUAUAUAUUCUGACAAAGGUUUUAGUUUGCACAUGUUUACUUCUACUUGAAAUGUUACUUGAAGACCUUUUUGAGACGCUCUUUCUAACACUAGAGACGAACGAGAGAGAUGGAAACACACACCUGUGCGUCCUUAUUUAUGAACCUAGAAGAAGAAUAAUGGGAGAGCAAAAUGACUUUUGUAUAGAGCGAGGCGAGAAACGGCCUUCUUAACACUAAGCUAGUAAGAGGGGUUGGGGAAUCGGAAUGGUCUCCCGUUGUUGCCCGUUCCUUCCCUCGGGCGUUUGUUUUAAAUAGAUUUGUAAAUUUUGUUCCAUAGUCGAUUAACCUUGUAAAUAAGGCUUCGUUUCUUAAAACUAUUCAGAGGAUUCAACGGGGUUGUGAGCAAUUCUUUUUUUUUUCUCCUUCUUCUUCUUUUGGUUUACAUGCUUUUUCAUGCUUGAUUUUUUUUCCCUCACUGUUUGAUAUACGACAUAUUUAUUUUAUGGAAGCACUGAAAAUAAAGGUCAUCAUCCGAUUUUGGUUA